AUGCGCUUGAUCAGUGUCAUCGCUUUGCUUGCCGCUUCUCUUCUAUUCUUUUAUGCAAUCGUGCUGCCAUUUUUCGAAGAGCAUGAUGUUUCACUUGAAGAGGAAGCUUAUAGUUGCAGCAGUUCCUGCAGUAUGGAGUAUGUUGAGAGCAUUCCUACUGGACUGAAUUUCACUGAAGGUCCAGCUAAUCGGCCUACUCAUGAAGCUUGGUUGGAUUUGUUCAAUUCUGCCAACAGAACAAUCCACAUAGCUGCUCUUUAUUGGAAUUUGAAUUCGUCCGAAUAUCCAACAGCGGAAUAUGGCCGACAAGUCUUCUCAGGUCUUGCUGAUGCUGGACGGAGAGGAGUAGAUGUAAGUGUUUCACUAACAGAUUCGGAUUGCCAAGAUGUCAGCAAAGGUUUAUCAGACAACAAUGAUUCCCAAUGGCUAGCUGAUCAAGGACUAGCGCAGGUCCGCACUCUUGAUUUUAACAAAUUAAUGGGCUCGGGUGUCUUGCACACAAAGUUCAUCAUUGUGGAUCUCACCCAUGUCUACGUAGGAUCGGCAAAUAUGGACUGGAAGUCGUUGGCUGAAGUGAAGGAACUCGGUUUGUACAUCCGAAAUUGUCCUUGUUUAGCCGCUGAUUUGCACAGAAUUUUUGCUGUUUAUUGGCAUCUUGGACAGAAAGAUGCCAAAAUUCCUUCCAAAUGGCCUUCUGCAUUCGAAACAUCUUUCAACAUCAAGUCACCAAUGAAACUCAAUUGGAGCGCUGUGGAAACGGAUGUUUUCAUAUCUGUAUGUUUUGGUAUCCUUGGUGAGAUUAAUGGUCCAAAGAGUUCGCCGGCUCCAUUCAAUCCAAACGGUCGCGAACACGACUUAGAAACGAUCGUCUCGUUGAUUUCGUCCGCACGUCGCAGCGUUUGUGUGGCUGUUAUGGAUCUUAUACCUCAGACGUUGUACAUGGGACCCAAUAACAGCUACUGGCCCGAUAUUGACGAUGCGCUCCGUUCGGCUGCUUUUCGAGGUGUAGCUGUGAGGCUUUUGGUCAGCCACUGGAAUCACUCUCGCCCAGCCGAGCUAGCGUUUCUCAGAAGUCUAGUUGCAAUUAACGAUGGUUUGCCGGCGAAAGCAGGACACAGCGGAAGCAUCAGUGUGGUUCGUUCCUUGCACUUCUUUAUAUUGUAG